AUGCAUAUAAGUUUGUAUUAUAUUGCAGUGUUGUUGGAUUCCAGCAUGCCAGAGACUCCAGAGCUCGCAACUGUAAAUAUUAGGGAGUACCUAGCUAAGAGACCUUUGUAGGGAGUACCUGACUAGGAGACCUAUGUAUGGAGUCCCUAGCAUUAGCUAGCAGACCUAUGUGGAAAGCACCUAACUAGCAGACCUAUGUUGAAAACAUCUAACUAGUAGCUAUUCAUUGAGUACCUUAUGUUGUUUACCUGAAUACACAUAAUGUUAAAAUUGAUAAUUGAAUAUACAAUAAUAGAUUUUAUAUGAAGUAAAUCCGUUUAUUUUCAGAGUAGAAUGUUUUGAAUAGUUUUUAAGUAUUGAAAAUAAAUCUAAAAAUGUCUGGACGGGAUGAAGAUGAGAUGGAAUUGCUGCGCUGCUUGAAAGGCCAUGUCAUUAAGACCUACAAGAACUCCAAGUUUACGGAUGUUACAAUUAAAUCUAAGGAUGGACUGGAGAUAAAAGCGCACAAACUAGUUCUUUAUGCGCAGAAUGCCUGGUUUGCAAGCAAACUGGGUACAGAUGCGGAUUCUAAGGAAAUAGUGCUGGACGAUUUCAGUGGAGAUGUUGUGANAGUAGUUGUGGAUUCUAUAUAUUACAGACGAAUGUCCCCAAGUUUGCUCACUGUGGAAAAUGUUAUGGAUUUUUUGAAAGCGGGAGAUCAGUUUUGUAUUGAUAGCAUCAGGGAUGAAGCCGCGGUCUUCAUGAUAAAGAACUUGAAUGAGAGGUACGCCCUAGAUAUGCUGGUUCACCCAAUAUUCGCUGGUGCAAUGACAGACACCGUCCUCAAGUUUAUCGCAGAGAAUUUCCAACAGUUCCUUUUGUCCGAUACACUUAAGGAAAAACUUCUAAAGGAACUUACUGUGCCAAAUAUGGUGGAUAUUCUGUCUCAUAAGGGUUUGAUGUUAUGGGAUGAAUCUGGAAGAUAUUUACUCGCUGUUGAGAGAGAAACACAAUUAUUCUUCUUUGUUCUACAAUAUAUAACACAGGACAAGGAUGCGAGAUUAGAAGAGCUGAGGUUACUGAUGAGGAGUUUAAAGCUGGCACUUCUCGUCCCAAACAAUAUUCUCACCAUUCAAGUCAUCGCGGAGAAGCUAGAGGUUCAACCCGACCUGGUUUCAGAAAAGAUCUCAGAUAUUGUAGAACCAUUUAAGAAUCUGAAGUCAAGUGAAAACCUUGCUUCUUUAACUCACAAGGAUAGGAAGGAUAAAAGUAAAGCAUCCUCGGAUACGAAAAGUAUAGCGGAAUCAUGCAGGAUGAGGUUUGGAAGCAUUCCUCAUAUAUCAACAUGUUCGGAUCUUGUUCUUAAAUUAGAACCCUGGUCCCAGAUUAGCCAAACUAAGUUCCAGUUUGCUCCUUCUCAAACAACAAACAAGAUGGCUGUGUGUAAAAAGAACAUGAAGUCGAUCACGGUAUUCAUCAAGAAAAUGGACAAACAGACGAAAAAGGACACCGAGACAGUAGACACGGACAAGAAUCAAGAUAAAAAGGACGAAAAAGAAGAAAACAAGGACGCAGAUAAAAGUGAGAAACCAGUGGAAGAAGAGAAGAAGAAAGAUGAGAAAGUGAACGGAGAAGCAGAAAACUGUGAGAAGAAGAAAGAUGAGAAAGGGAACGGAGAGAAGAAGAAAGAUGAGAAGGGGAACGGAGAGAAGAAGAAAGAUGAGAAAGGGAACGGAGAGAAGGAGAAAGAAGAUGUUACUAAUGAAACAAAGGAUUCUGAUGAGUUUAGGGUGUGCGGUGUAUCUGUAUCCGACGACGACGGAAGUUAUGAAAUAGGAGUUGUUGAAGGAGAAGGAGUGAGGAGCAGGGAGUACAUACUAGAGGCUGGGGAGUAUAUCAUUGAAAUUGCUGCGUUGUACUCACAGGAAAAGGUUUCCGGUUUAGAGAAGCAUGGAAAGGGUAAGGAGAAAGUUGCGCAGGAAAUGUUUAGUGCAACAACGGUUGAGGAUUAUUGCUUUGCUACAAACAAGCCAAGAACACUCGGCCCUGUAUUAGAGGGGUCAACUCAACCUGUACCUGGGUUUCUAUUCAGGUUACCCAAGCAGAUUCUACGGCUGGAGAAAGGGUCCCCUGGUAAAUAUUUCUGGUUGAAAGGGUUUGGAUUAGAGACAGUGGAGCUUAAGGAUUCCUCUGAAAAAUCUCGAUUGUAUCCAAUCUGGGGAUUUCACAGUGCAUAUAAGUAUUAUCCUUUCGAUCAUCAGGGUUUUGAGUUCCUGCCUGGGAUAAAGAAACAGUUCCAGUUCUCCCUGGAAGGAAUAAAUGAAACCCUGUCUCUUGAUUCCAUCCAGGAUCUUGAUACACUCGAGAGAACUCCUGUUCAUGAGGUUGUAGAUCUAGACGACAGUGAAGAGGGGGAGGAGGGGGGCAGCGAGGAGGAAAUAAAUAGACCAACAAAUGACGGUGAAAAUGAGGAUAGCGUGAUGAUUGUUGAUAGUGGUAGUGAUGGGGAGGAUGAGGAGGAAGAGGACGAAAGAGGGGAAGAGGAAGAAGAAGAUGAAGAUGACGAUGAUCAGGACCCGGAUCCAUAUCUCCGAGACAUGAGUAGAAACGGGGGUUUUGCUGGGUUUGGGCAUAGACGAGGCGGAGGAGUAACUGGUCGGGGCGGAGAGGCAGAACCUAUUGAAAUACCUAGCAGCUCAGAGGAGGAGGAGGAGGCUGAGACGGAUGAGGCCGGAGACAAACCAAGCAAGAGAACUGCUUCAACUGAACCCGGAUCUCCGAAGAGAACAAAAUAUCAAGAAUAGAAUGCUUCUAUUAACUCAACUGCAUGAAAUGCAUGAAAUAAUGAAUUAUGAAAUAUUGUAUAACUAAACAUUUGGCUUCUUGGAAUUAGUACAAAUAUUCAAAGUUAAAUUCAAACUGUAUAUGACGUAUCGUGUAAAGCCAAAUUGGCCGAUUUAUGUGUGUUUAUUUUUACAUUUCGAACAACAUAAUUGAUUUUUUUAAUAUUUCAGA